CAGCGGGCCCCGCCGGGCCGAGACGCCCGCGCCGCGGGGCGGCAGGGAGGUCGCCGCGGCGGCGCCCGCCGCGGCCGACGGCGCUGCGAAGGACGGCGGCAAGAGGCUUGAGCCGCCGCCGCGGCCGGAGGGCCUCCGGGGCACGCUGCUGCGGCUCUACGGCGCGCUAGCCGCGGCGCUGGCGCUCUUCGCCGCGGCCGGCGAGGGCAUGCGGCGCCCCGUCCCGGAGGGCAGGUUCGCGCUGAAGAACGGCACGGUCAUCGACGUGGGGGACUUCGACCCCGUCGAGCUGGGCCCCUUUCCGAGGUGCCAUCCGCAUUUUGAGCAGCACGAGGCGGUGCUGCCCACCGGCGAGCGUGGCUGGGUGAGGAACGCGGACGUGCUCGGCAAGGGGCCGUUCCCUCCAGGCCACCCCGAGAACCCCGAGUGGGUGAGGAAGUCUCAUGAGAGAGCCCAGAGGGAGAACGUGGAGAGCAGUUUCCGGUGGGUCGGGCUGCAGCCGAACCUCCACUUGCUGUCGCUGGCCACGCUGUGCGUGUGCCUCGGCGCCAAGGAGGGCGUGUGGAUGUUCACCCAGCCCCCAGCCCUGAGGGAGACGACCCGGGUCAUCCAGACUCAGGACGCCUAUUGGUUCCCGGUCAUGGGCUCCUGCGUGCUGUUCGGCAUGUUUGUUUUGUGCACGUACAUUGGCAAAUAUUGGAUCAAGCAGUUGAUAUCAUGUGGUGUUGUAGUGAUGUGCACUUUCAGUUUCGGAGCAAAUUUGGACCAUUUGGCGACCUUGGUCUUCAACAGAGCACUGCAGCCCAUGUCCCGGAUCCCGAUCGCAGAGGAGAGUAUGAAUUCUGCAGAGUUGUUAGGUAUUUGCAUAGGGGGGUUGAUGGCGGCUGGCUAUUUCUGGUGUCAGCAUUGGGUCAUCAAUAAUGUUUUCGGCGUGUCUUUUUGUUUGUUUGGGAUCAAGCUGAUAAAUAUCUCAAGCUACAAGACAGGUUUCGUAAUGCUAAGUGGCCUCUUCAUCUAUGACGUGUUCUGGGUGUUUUGCAGCAAAUCGAUUUUUGGAGCCAACGUGAUGGUAACUGUGGCUAAGGGCGUGGAAGCGCCAAUCAAGUUGAUGUUCCCCAGGCUAGCGGGAGGGUGUGGGGAACUGCAGCAUUCGAUGCUGGGCCUGGGGGACAUCGUUGUGCCUGGGCUUUUCAUGGCAUUCCUCGCCAAAUUCGAUGCUGUCAAGAUUGGCCAGAAGGCAUCGACUGGCUUCGUUUACCUACACGCGACGCUUGUCGCCUACGUGCUGAGCCUCAUGACAACCAUUGCAGCAAUGCUCUUCUCCAACGCCGCGCAGCCAGCACUGCUCUACAUAGUACCUUACGUCCUCAUCACAUCUGUCGCUAUCGCUGUCUCCCGGGGGGAGUUCCGGGAGCUCUGGACGUACGACAUUCCCGAGGGCGAGGCAUCAGAUGGGGCCACGCCGAUGGCUGGCAACGCCGCUGGGGAGAAGAAGAGCAGUUGAGGCGUGCAAGUUCGGUCAUCACCGCAUCCGAAGAAGAAAGUAACGGUAGGAACAUACACUUCCUGAGGUCCGCGCGAAUUUCUUGGAUCGGCGCUGGAUCCCCGGGCCACGCAUGGGGCGCCGCCAGGGGUGUCCAGCGCCGAUCCACGAGGUCCGCGCGAACCUUCAAAAGUUUAUGCUGAUGCGGUUGUUUUCUGGUUCUACGUUUGGCCAAUCUCAUGUUCAUUCUUUUGGAUAGGUCACCGCCAGGCCAGCGGGCUGCCCAGACCCCAACGUAGGCGGUGGAGGCGGCCGGAGAGGAGCGGACGGAGCAGUGUCUCGAGUCUGGGCGCCAGCAGCUCUGUAGCGAGCUGUGCGAGCUGGAUGCUCUCCUGUGCCUCUGCCAGAGAUGCGGCGAAGUGCGCGUAAGCGAGACCGGCCCUUGGCUGGGGUGACUUGUGGCGCGGGCCCACAGGGGUGCCCGCAGUGUUGGCCUGCACGCCUUGGCUUGGCCCACCCCGCGAACCCCCAAGGCAGCGCAGCGACGGCGACUCUUGCCUGGGGUCACUCUUGCGUGUAGCCGAUCGGCGCCUUCUGGAAGGCAAGGAGGAGGUGCGUCGCAGGACGAACUGCCUACCCCAUUUUUGCUUGCAGGCAGAACCCAGUCGUAUCACGCGCUUCCUCGUCAAGCAGCCUGACCGUUGUGGGCCACCUUAGGGGUAGCUUGGUAUCGUUUGGCUCCCGUUUGGAAGCGGGGGUGGUCAAAGGCGAGGUAGAUUCGUUUGCUUCGUAGCGCGGGAAUGCAUCUCAAGCACGAGCGUAGUUCUGCCAUACGUGCGUAGGCCAGGCUGCCCGCCCGGCCUUCCUCGGGUGCUGCUUGCAUGCUCUGAUACCUCCACAUUGGGGGGGCGCCGGGCUUGAGGACCAAACAGAGCGCAUGCCUCCGCGA